GCUGAAUACGUCGCAGUACUGAAUAUAAUCUCGAUAUAAUUCCUUAUUAGGGCUGUGUCGAGCCUUCGCAUUUUAACUCGCCGUUUAAAUUAAGUCGACCGGGGGAAGGGAAGCAAAGCCCUUUGUACAUACUUAGCGGCGCACUCCUCCUUCAAAAUUUGACAUUGAAAACAAAGGCGUCCUGAGCUGCGCCCUUUUUUCAGCUCGAGCCUUUUUGUCAUGGAGAGCAGCAUGGAAAGUAGGCAAAUAGAGGUGGAGCCGGAGGCGGGCGAGGGGCGGAACCUUUCUGCCCCGGCUCCAGCAGGCCCCGCCCGGCCUCAUUAGACAGAAGCACCACCAACGGCAUGGCAGCCACGGCGGGAGUCCCGCGGUCUUUGGGGCGGGUUUUGAGAGGGAGGACCAGCGACGCGCUAAUUUCUCUUCUCGGUCCACAGAGAUUUUUAAGCACCAUGUUCAAGGCCUCGGACCUGCAGAUUGAAUUGAACAAGCACCCAAAGUCCAAACCGGACCCCAAGGACCUGGUCUUUGGCAAGUAUUUCACCGACCACAUGCUCACGAUAGAAUGGAGCCAGGAGAAAGGCUGGGGGAAGCCACACAUCAAACCUUUCCAGAAUCUCUCGCUGCAUCCAGCCUCUUCCGCCCUGCACUACUCAGUGGAGCUCUUUGAGGGGAUGAAGGCUUUCCGGUGCCCAGACAAGCGCAUCCAACUUUUCCGUCCCAUGAUGAACAUGAACCGCAUGCUACGAUCCGCGCUCCGUAAUUCCCUGCCGCCCUUCGACAAGACAGAGUUUCUCGAAUGCAUCCGGCGGCUGAUCGACCUGGACCAAGACUGGGUCCCCCACGCCGACGCCACCAGCCUCUACAUCCGCCCCACAUUCAUCGGCACUGAGCCCUCCUUGGGGGUCGCCAAGUCCAGCCAAGCCUUGCUCUAUGUGAUCCUGUGCCCCGUGGGAGCCUAUUUCGCCACCGGCAGCUUCAGCCCCGUUUCCCUACUAGCCGAUCCUCGCUUUGUCCGUGCCUGGAUGGGCGGUGUGGGGGACUUCAAGCUGGGCGGCAACUACGGCCCCACCAUUUACGUGCAGAAUGAGGCUGCCAAAGAGGGUUGCCAGCAGGUUCUCUGGCUCUACGGGGACGACCACCAGAUCACAGAAGUCGGGACUAUGAACAUCUUUGUAUUUUGGAAAGACCAGCAGGGAGAUCUGGAGCUGGUCACCCCUCCUCUGAAUGGAAUCAUCUUGCCCGGUGUGAUACGGCAAAGCCUUCUAGAUCUGGCACGCAAAUGGGGGGAAUUCAAAGUUUCUGAAAAGGUUUUCACAAUGGCUGAGCUGAUCAAAGGCCUGGAAGAAAACAGAGUCAAGGAAAUGUUUGGCGCAGGGACGGCCUGUGUCGUUUGCCCCGUGAAUAAAAUCUUCUACCAGGGCAAGAAUUACCAUAUCCCCACUAUGGAAAAUGGACCUGAGAUUACAAAACGGUUUCUGAAGGAGCUGACAGAUAUUCAGUAUGGACAUGUCGCCAGUGACUGGGUCUACCCAGUCUGACGUAGGUUGAGCAACACUCCACCGUAGCCGUCUCUUCUUCUUCCUUCUCCUGCUACAGCCUCUCCGUUUUCCUCUCUCGUCUUACCAAUGCUGUAUUUAUGACCUGGUUCUAUAGCUUUGACAGUCCUGCCUUUUUCUCUGUCAGAGUUUGGACUGGACCGGUUAUGCUCUCGGAUAAAGGUGGCCUUCUUCUGCCUGUUACAACUGCAGGCCGCUUGUGGCCGCGAAACACUCCACUCUGGGAAGCGCCCAGAGCUUGGAAGAGCUCCUGCUCGCAUCUUGGCGUGCAAUGGGAAGGAAUCUCUGGACUGAAAUCGCCGCCUCCGCUUCUCUCUCUGCUCCAAAAUUCAACUGCUUCCUGCUUUUAAAGUGCAAUAUUGAGAGAGGGGGGGAGAAACUGAUGUGUCUUCAAAACUGUUUAAAUCCACACAUGUUUUGUGUUUUGUUUUUGUUUUUUAGAAGUAGUUACACAUCCAGGAUCUGUCCGGAAGAGACUGUUUUUUUUUUGUUUUUGUUUUUAAAGUAUGUGCUUGGAUUCACGCAGAAGCGCAGAAGUCUCAAGUCUAAACUUUUUGCUCUGGCAAAAGUUAGCUUUCGUACACUAGUCAUUGGUGCUAAAAAAAAAAAAAGUUAACUUUUGCUUCCAGACCUGCAGUUCUCCAGACGUUUCAAAUUUACCGCUUGAACAUUCUUGCCGCCUCUUUUUUAAUAUUCCAAAUCUGCCUUGGCUUAGAGUUAAGAGAAUCCAUCUGCGUUUAGAGGUUGCGAACUAGAUUUGAACGCCAAAACGUAUUGGGAAUGGGAGGCAGGUGUUUUUGUUUUUUUUUACAUUUUAAAAAAGCUAUUUAAAAUUAAAACCAUCUCCUGGAGAAGCUUCUGGGCACCUGUUUCUGAUUUCCCCACUUGGAAUGACAGUCAGCUUUCUUCUU